AUGACUAUUCCGACAUCAGAGACAGAGACUUUCACUGCAGAUACGAAAACACAAGAGCAUUCGCCUCUUUAUAACCCAAACUCCAUCUCAAAUACCAAUGUAUCUUAUCAUUAUAAUCCAGCAGUAAGUCAUUUCCAUUAUGGUGCAUUACAUCCAAUGAAACCUUUCAGAUUGAUGUUGACUGAUCAUCUAGUGAUAUCUUAUAAAUUAUACGAGAAGAUGGAUUUAUACACACCCAGAGAAGCAACAGAAGAAGAAUUAUUAGAAUUUCAUUCUGAGGAUUAUAUAAAUUUCUUACAAACCAUUACACCCGACAAGGUCAAAAAUUUGAGUAAUGACACACUUAUUAAGUUUAAUAUUGGUGAUGAUUGUCCUAUAUUUGAUGGAAUGUAUGAUUAUAGUGCGAUAUAUGCUGGUGCUUCAUUAGAUGCCACAAGAAAACUAAUGAGUGGGAUGUCAGAUAUUGCCAUUAAUUGGUCUGGUGGUUUACAUCAUGCAAAAAAGUCAGAACCAUCUGGGUUUUGUUAUGUUAAUGAUAUUGUAUUGAGCAUUAUAAAUUUAUUAAGAAAACAUCCAAGAGUAAUGUAUAUUGAUAUUGAUUUGCAUCAUGGGGAUGGGGUUCAAGAAGCAUUUUAUAAUACUGAUAGAGUAAUGACGGUUAGUUUUCAUAAAUACAAUGGGGAAUUUUUCCCAGCAACAGGUUCUGUGGAUGAAGUAGGUGUUGGUAAAGGAGAAAAUUUUGCCAUUAAUGUACCACUACGAGAUGGAAUUGAUGAUGAAUCAUAUAUUAGAUUAUUUAAACUGAUAAUGGAACCACUAAUAUCAAAAUUUCAACCAACAUGUAUAGUACAACAAUGUGGGGCCGAUUCUUUGGGAUACGAUAGAUUAGGUUGUUUUAAUUUAAACAUACGAGCUCAUGGAGAAUGUGUGAAAUUCAUCAAAUCAUUUGGAAUACCAAUGUUGGUAGUGGGAGGUGGUGGAUAUACUCCGAGAAAUGUUAGUAGAUUAUGGUGUUAUGAGACUAGUGUAUUGAAUGAUGUUACUUUGGAUCACAAGAUACCCAAUUAUUUACCAACUUAUGAUUGGUUUGGUCCAGAUUAUUCUCUCCAUCCACAAUUAGAUGGUAGAAUUGAUAAUAAGAAUUCUAAAAAAUACUUGCAAAGUGUUCAAACUAAAAUUAUGGAACAAAUACGUUAUUUGAACCAAGCCCCAAGUGUACAAAUGUAUGAGAUACCACCGGAUUUUACAGGUUUAACAGAUGAAGAGGAUAAAGCUAUUGCUGAGAUGAACCAAGAUGCAGAAAGAGAAGAAAGAAUGAUGAAAGAUGACGUUAGAACUGGUGAGCUAAUGACGUAA